AUGGAAUCAUCUGCAAAUGUACAUGACUUUAGUGGUGACCGUGAUGAUGAAAGUUUGGAUGUAACUCUUGAAGAUGAAAUAGCAGGGGGUUUGAACUUUACACAAAAUGAUGAGUUUCUCAAUUUGUUAUGUGAUAAUGGCAAGCUGUCUAAUUCAUUUGCUGAAACUCUUGGGCAUGAGGAAGAAUUAGGUGGGUCAUCAAGAAUACCAGAGGCUGAUGAUGAUGAAGAAGGGAUUGAAUAUGAAUUUCCUGUCCACAACCCAAAGACUAAAUGGAGUCUUAUGAAACCAACAGAAAAAGAAAUAUAUGAGGGCCCACAACAACUGAAAUUUGCUUUGACCAAUUAUGCGGUGGCAAAUGGGUAUCAUUUACGAUUUACAAGAUAG